AUGGUCGUCGUGACGAGAGUCGUGGUGUUGAAGCUGGGGCUGACGAGAUGGGACGUCCUUAUAUGGCAACUUGGCUCACAGCUUUGCGUCCACUGCGUAUCAGCGCAAACUCAACUCCGAGACGUGGAACAAUGCUCAUAUCAUCAUGCUCAGGUAAACACUACGGACUCUGACGGCCAUCGAAUCUUGUGA